AUGGACAAUAAGGUGGAUGUCACAGAGGCUGAAAAUAUUUCAAUGAUUGGAACAUCAGGAAUUUUUCAUUUACCUGAUGUACCAGAAAUAUCGGAGGCAUUAGAAUCAACUGGUCUUAGCCCCUUGACUUCUUCCUUGGAUCAAACUCUUACGCUGCAAGAAGAUAAAGCUCUCUCGUCUGAAGUUAAUAUGGGCAUUGAAGAUACAUGGACUGAAGCAAACAGUUCAACAUCAGACUACGCGAUUCCUCUUCCUCCACCAUCGGGAUUAAGUGAUUUUACUGACAUUGGUGCUGAUCCUAUUGGUGAUUCUGGCACUGGUAUAGAACAUGGUCCGUUUUUGCCACCAGGUACACCGGCUCUUAACAAUAUCUUUGCAGAGGCUGGAGAUUCUCAUGAUGACUCGCCAAUGGAGGUAGUUGUUUUGCCUGCAGGCGUAUGUGGACUUCGUAACUUGGGUAAUACCUGUUUUAUGGCAGCUGGAUUGCAAUGUUUGACCGCAACUCCUCCUGUCCUACGACAUUUCUUGGAUUUGCAGCAAAGAGGAGAGAAACUGCCUCCACCUGGAUCAUUGAUGGCACACUUUAGUGUACUCCUUGGCAAAAUGUGGUCUGGGAGAUACAGUGUACUUAGACCAACAGAAUUUAAACAAACUUUAGGUGCUUACCAUUCGCAAUUCAAAGAUUAUAGACAGCACGACUGUCAAGAAUUUCUAGCUCUUUUGUUGGAUUCCCUCCAUGAACAAAUGAAUAUGGCAAAGUGUGCCAAGAAUUGUCAGGUUCCACUAUCUACGACCACUGCCAAUUCUUUUAAUUCUAUUGAAAACUCAAAUGGAAAAACCCUUUCCCCUGUCACUGCCACGACCAACUCUAAUUGUAAUUCAGAUCUUUUGGAAAUGUACGAGUGUUUGUCACCAGAAUGUCCAAAUAGCCCAAAUGUGACUAUGGCUGGUUCUCCAAGAGAGUUUGAUUCGUCGAUUGGAGAGCUCGACAGUAUCACAAAUUCUCCAAGAGAUUCACCGUUAAAUGGUGAAGAUGACGAGGAGACACUAGAUUCGGAUGAAACUAUUGAAGCGAGAUCAAACACUUUUAUUCACAACAAAGUGAACGAAGAAGGCGCAAAUGAAGUUACUCCGACUCGUUCUUUGAGAUUAGAUACGUUAAUCGAAUUAUCGAAAAGCGUGCCUCAAUACGGAGGCUUAUAUGAUAUUCACAAAGAGGCUAAAACGAGUAAUGCUAAUUUCUUAGUAACACAACAAGAGUGUAAUAAUGAAAUUCAUUACGACUCACAGAAGUUUCCCAAGGAUAAUGUCCGCAGGACGCCGUUAGAUAAUUCAAACCUUAUGGAGAACCAUGAUUUUGAUAAUAAGAAUAUUAGCAUCAAACGCAUAAAAGAAGUGAAUGUUAAGAAAGUCAACGGUAGUCUCGAUUCUACGUCAACUGGUUCUGACGUAGAGUACGAUAGCGGUCUAGAAAAAUGUAACGUGAAACGUAUGAGAUUGGAUGAUCAGGAGAAGAAUCAUAAGCAUGAUGGUCUUAGUAGUGAAAGUACCCAAUGUUCACGGAUUCCUCAGAACUAUGGAAAUGGCGCUAUUGCUGCACAGGAUGAGCUCGAGGCGGAUAAGCACUGGGCGAAGCACUUGCGAUCAAAUAGGAGUAUUAUAGUUGACACUUUUCAAGGCCAAUUUAAGAGCACAGUUGUGUGUUCAGUUUGUAACCAUGUUUCUGUUACAUAUGAACCUUUUAUGUAUUUAUCGGUGCCGCUACCUCAUGCCAUGGAGAGGCAAUUGAAUGUCACUUAUGUUCCCGCGAAUGGUGACCAACCCAUGAGGUGUGUAAUUUCUUUAAAUAAACAGUCCAGAAUUGGGAAGUUAAAAGAAGAAUUGUUAAAAACACUGGGCAAAGAAGAUAUUUCCGUGACAAAUAUUGCACUUGCAGAGGUGUUGGAAAAUCAUAUAGCGAAGAUUUUGGACGACAAUACACUCUUGAGACACGUCAAUGAUACGAAUCGAUCGAUAUACGCCUUUGAACUCACGGAACCUCCCGAUGCGUACACUUCAGUGUCUGAUGGCGGUGGGGACCGCCCAACGGAGAUGGAUUCUUGCCAAAGAUGUACGAUCACAGGCGAGGAAGUACCGUGUAUGAUAUGUCUCGAGGAGUUGGAUGGCGAUUUGAAGAGGCACAGUGGAAACAGCUGUAACUUCAUCAUGUGCGAUCCGUGCAUCGAGAAUUACUUUAAAAAUCAAACGGAGCCACAAACGUGUCCAAUGUGUUCUACAUACAUGACAGCUUCGUCGUUUACGAAAAUAGACCAAACUGGUCGACCUAGGCCCACCGUACGUAUUUUGAAUGUACCUUUAGUGUUAAGGCACGACACGACGAAUGAGACGACUAAUAAUCGCAAAGGUACAAAGCUUUUUGGUUAUCCUCAUUUGAUACGACUCCCGUCACGAGUGAACGCACGAGAUUUAUAUGAUAUCAUCAAGAGGAAUGUGCCACACGAAGGACAUUAUACAAUUCAUUUCGUCGAUGGACAGGGUCAUCAUUGUUCACGAUGUAUGUAUACGGCACAUUGUACGGGAUGUAGUGUACCUGAGAUGGGAAUGGUUGCGCUACAAAAUGGUGAUACGCUUGCAGUUCGUUAUACCGAAUAUGUUCCUAAGAUUCUACAUCCUAUCGAUCACGUAAGCGUUAGUAAGCAACGACCGCACCAUCCACUAUCUCUUUAUGAUUGCCUUCAAGCAUUUAGUCAAAGUGAAACUUUAGAUGAACAUAAUCCUUGGUUCUGUCCGAAAUGUGGAUGUAAUCAAUGUGCCACAAAAACACUUACGGUACAUCGAUAUCCUAAGUUCCUCAUUGUAUAUCUUAAACGAUUUGUAUUUUAUGAAUGUGCGAGUAUGAAGCUAGAUGAUAAGGUCACAUUCCCUUUGGUGGGCCUAAGUGUAGGGCGCCACCUUUAUGAUCUCUAUGCCUGUGUAUGCCACUUUGGAGGCGUGUCUGCAGGCCAUUAUACAGCGUAUGCGAAGAAUCCUCGUACGGAUGUAUGGUAUUAUUAUAAUGACGAGAUUACGAGCAGGCAGAAGCCACAGGAUGAGGAUUUUAGCAAUGCAUACAUAUUGUUUUAUAGUCGACAAGGGACCAACUUGAAACCGUGCAAUAUAUAACAAGUCGUAUAUUUAUCUUGGUAGCCGAUAGAACAAGUCGAACGGUCAAAGGAGAAAGAACGAAUGGGGCUGGUAGCAAAAGGAUGGAAUGUGACAAAAGGGGGGAUUGACAUUUACGUUCUUUCACGUGCAGACACUACAAAGAUUUAUUCGCAUACUUUAUGCGUUUGCAACUUUUUCUUUAUUCCUUUUGUUGCGCUUUUGUCUCCCCCACGCAUCCAUCUCCCUCUCUCUUGCCUCUGCUAGUUAUCUUUUAAAACUAACGGAAAGCGUACUUGGUAUACGCAUCGAUUUGCGUUCAAUUACAUGCGAAUAUUGAGAACUGUUGCUGUGUGCGUUUCUUUCGUGAUAAAGUUUGAUAAUGUCUUCACAAUUGAUAUUUUGCUGAAGGCGUUUUGCAUUAGCACAAAGUUUGACCUGAUUCGCGGGUACUGAGAGAAUUGAACGUAUUUGUACUGCAUAUAUUGUAAACGUAUGUCGAAUUUGUACAGUAGAUGGUUAAAUGUAGAAGUCGAGGAUUCUAAACACGUAAUUUACUAGUAAAUAAAGGUGGACGUCAUAUUUGAAAUCAAAUUUGAAUCACCACUUACCAAGGCGGGAUGUCGCGCUCUUCAUCAUGCCUUUUUCUUUCUCUAAGCAGAGGAGCGAGAGAAUAUACGCUUAUCAAUAACAAAGUGUUGCGCUUAUUCGAUAUUCCUUCGUUAUCCAAGAACAAGAGGAUUGUAAAGCGAAAUUGAAUAUACACAUUUUAUGAAACGCAAUUACGUUUAUGGAUUAUUUAUUAAAUUAGUUGUAUAUAUAUAUCGCAAUUUUAUUACAAGACACUAAUUGCAGUUCAACACGCGCUCGCAUUAGCACAUCGGUGUAAUACUGAUGUUUUACGCCCAUUUUUUGAAUUGUUAAAAAUUGUUAUAAUACGCUGUAUUGUAAUUUGAUGGCGCGUAUGCGCAAUCCGAAUCGAUUCUCGAACAUUUCUGCUUGUUAUAAAACCGAUUCCAAGUUUUUUAAUAUCUCCUAUAGUAUAAAAGAAUUCUAUUGCCGUCGCGUGCAAACGAUUUCCUUUGAAUCGUCCAGUUCCGGCCUUUUUAAUUUGUAGCGAAUUUGUUUUGAUCCACUAAUAUUGCAUUCUAACACAAUCUUAUCAAAAUGCAUAUAAAAUAAUAAAAAGCGAAAUUUUUAU